GCGAGGGUGAGGGCGCGGGCGCGAUGGCGCGGAGCGCGGAGGGCGCCGCGCUGCUCGUCCUGAUCUGCUUUUACUUUGGAAAUGGACUCCAUUUGGAGGUCUUAAACGCAAGAAAUGGAAAUACUCUGCUUCCUAAACACAGACACUUAGUGCGGCAAAAGCGUGCCUGGAUCACCGCCCCUGUGGCUCUUCGGGAAGGAGAGGAUCUGUCCAAAAGGAAUCCAAUUGCCAAGAUACAUUCUGAUGUGGCAGAAGAAAGAGGACUAAAGAUUACAUACAAAUACACUGGAAAAGGGAUCACAGAGCCACCUUUUGGUGUGUUUGUCUUUAAUAAAGACACAGGAGAAUUGAAUGUUACCAAGAUUCUUGAUCGAGAAGAAACACCAAGUUUUCUGCUAAUUGGUUAUGCUUUGGAUGAAAAAGGAAACAACCUCGAGAAACCAUUAGAACUCCGCAUUAAGGUUCUUGAUAUCAAUGACAAUGAGCCAGUGUUCACACAGGAUGUCUUUGCUGGGUCUAUUGAAGAACUGAGUGCAGCAGAUACCCUUGUGAUGAAAAUCAGUGCCACAGAUGCAGAUGAGCCCAAUACCCUGAAUUCUAAAAUUUCCUACAGAAUUGUGUCUCAGGAGCCUACUUAUCCACCAGUGUUCUACCUAAAUAAAGACACAGGCGAGAUUUAUACAACCAGUUUCACAUUGGACAGAGAGGAACACAGCAGCUAUACUUUGACAGUGGAAGCAAGGGACGGCAAUGGACAAAUAACAGAUAAACCAGUAAAACAAGCUCAAGUUCAGAUUCGUAUUUUGGAUGUCAAUGACAAUAUACCUGUAGUCAAAAAUGAAAUGAAUGAAGGGGUGGUUGAAGAAAACCAAGCCAAUGUAGAAGUUAUGCGCAUAAAGGUGUUCGAUGCAGAUGAAAUUGGCUCUGAUAAUUGGUUAGCAAAUUUUACAUUCGUAUCAGGAAAUGAAAUGGGUUAUUUCCACAUAGAAACUGAUACUCAAACUAAUGAAGGAAUCGUCACCCUUAUUAAAGAAGUAGAUUAUGAAGAAGUGAAAAAUCUUGAUUUCAGCAUUGUUGUCACUAACAAAGCAGCUUUUCACAAAUCAGUCAAGAAUAAAUAUAAGCCUACAUCCAUCCCCUUCAAAAUAAAGGUGAAAAAUGUGAAAGAAGGUAUUCAUUUUAAAAGUAGCACUGUCUCCGUUCAUGUUAGCGAGAGCAUGGAUAAAUCAAGCCAAAGCCAAAUAAUUGGAAAAUUUCAAGUUUUUGACGAAGACACUGGACAACAAGCCCGUGUAAAAUAUGCCAAAUUGGAAGAUAUAGACAACUGGAUCUCUGUGGAUUCUGUUACAUCUGAAAUUAGACUUGUAAAAAUUCCUGAUUUUGAAUCCAGAUAUGUCCAAAAUGGUACAUACACUGCAAAGAUUUUGGCAAUAUCCGAAAGUUAUCCAAGAAAAACCAUCACUGGCACUGUUGUUAUCACAGUGGAAGACAUCAAUGACAAUUGUCCCACACUGGUCGACCCUGUGCAAAAUAUCUGCGAUGACGAGCAGUAUGUGAAUGUGACCGCAGAGGAUCUGGAUGGACCCCAAAACAGUGGGCCUUUCAGUUUCUCCAUCAUUGACAAACCAGCUGGAAUGGCAGAAAAAUGGCAAAUAGUGCACCAAGAAAGUACCAGUGUGCUACUGCAACAAAAAGAGCAAAAGCUUGGGCGAAGUGAAAUUCAGUUUCUGAUUUCAGAUAGUCAGGGCUUCAGUUGCUCUGAAAAGCAGGUGCUUCAGCUCACAGUUUGUAAGUGUCUGGAUGGCAGUGGUUGUGUAGAACCUCUGCGUGGCACAUAUGUUGGCCUGGGACCCGCCGCAAUUGCACUAAUAAUUUUUGCCCUUCUGCUGUUGCUACUUGUACCACUCUUACUGCUGAUGUGCCACUGUGGAGAAGGCGCCAAGGGCUUCACCCCCAUUCCUGGCACUAUAGAGAUGCUGCAUCCUUGGAAUAACGAAGGGGCGCCACCUGAAGACAAGGUGGUACCAUUGCACCUAACAGCAGAUCAUGGAGAGAGUGUAGCAGCAGACAUCAGACUGGGAGUGGUAACUACCAAGGAAACCACAAAAGAAAGUAGCUCUGCCCUCAUCAAAGACCAUCAUGAGAUGUCUGAGAUUGAUGGAAGAUGGGAAGAACACAGAAGCCUUAUUUCUGGUGGAGUUACCCAAGUGACAGGAACAACAGGAGCCAACAUAGGUGCUGAAGCUCUAAGGAUCACAAAAGCCACAGGGUCUUCCAGAGACUUGGCUGGAGCUCAAGCGGCUGCUGCGGCAGUGAACGAAGAAUUCUUAAAAAGUUAUUUCACUGAGAAAGCUGCCUCUUACACUGAUGAAGAUGACAUUCACACAGGCAAAGAUUGCCUUCUGGUUUAUUCUCAGGAAGACACUGCAUCUCUCCAUGGUUCCAUUGGCUGCUGCAGUUUUAUUGAAGGAGAACUUGACGAUGGCUUUCUAGAUGAUUUAGGGUUUAAAUUCAGGACACUAGCUGAAAUUUGCUUGGGUCAAAAAAUAGAUAUGGAUGUGGAAAUGGAGCAGAGACAAAAACAUGCGGGAGAGUCAAGUAUGAAAGCGGCUUCACAUUCAUUCAGCGAGCAAACUAAUAUUAAUUCGGAGAAUGCUUACUUCUCUGGUAGUAGCUUUCAAGUUCCAAAACCUCUGGAUGAAGCAAAUGCAGAGAAAGUAACUCAGGAAAUAGUCACUGAAAGCUCUGUAUCUUCUAGACAGGGUCACAAGGUAGCUACGCUGCUCCCUGAUCCACUGGCUUCUGGUAACGUUGUAGUGACAGAAACUUCCUAUGGUACAGGCUCCACUAUGCCACCGAGCACUGUGGUCCUAGGCCCUGGCCAGUCCCAGGCCCUAAUUGUGACAGAGCGUGUGUAUGCUCCAGCCCCUCCCUUGGUAGAGCAGCGCUAUGCUAACGACACCAAUGUCAUGGUUACCGAGACAAUAAUACAGCCUAACGGAGGCUUCCCUGGUCCUCUGGAAGGUACGCAGCAUCUGCCAGAUGGACGUUAUGUUGUGGUGAGGGAGAGAGAGAGCUUUCUUGCCCCCAGAUCAGGUGCACAGCCCACCCUGGCCAUGCCCGGUGUAGCUGUAGGACAGAACAUGACAGUGACAGAAAGGGUGCAAACCCCUGCCUCCAGUUACUGGAUUCCUGCCCAAACCUCUGUGAUGGCCAGAAAGACAGAGGUUUCUGGAGCUGGAGUCCGUGGCCCCCUGCCAAAUUGCAGUUUAGAGGAGUCUGGUCAUUCUAAUUCUAUGCUAACCGGUCAUUCUAAUUCUACGCUAACCGCAUCCUCCACCAGGGUCUCCAAGCACAGCAUCGUGCAGCAUUCUUACUCCUAAACCACAGCAUACCACAGCCCGACCCAGAGUUUAGCUGGCAGUGCCUGGUUUUCGUGUUUUCAACGAGCCUGUCUUUUGAUGAGCCUGUAGACAUGAGAGAUGUACACCCUGGGCUUGAAACUCCUCUCAAUCACUAAUGCCCAACAGGUUGCCCUGUGCCAGCCCUAGAUUGCACUGCAGAGAUGCUCAGUGCUCCCUGAUGGCUGCGUCACGAUGCUGUGCCUUAAGUGCCUUUUAGUGAGUUAUGACCAAACAAUAUUCACAAAGCAAGUUAAGUAGAGAAUCAGUCCAACUUGUAAGAGUUUAUACCAAAUGGACACAGAGUAUCCAGCGCCUUAGCUCUCCAGUAGAGUCACCCAUAAAGCUGAGUGGGCCCUUUGCAUCCUGCAGUGGUGUUUCCCAUUGCCGUUCUAUAUUCUAGACCAUACUGGGCCUGGCAGAUUACUGACACCUCAUUUAUCCAAAAAUAAGCGUGCAGUCUAGACAACUGUUUUGUUCAUUUUCUUUAAGAUGAGAAGCCUGGCCUUUUGAAUCUGUCUUAGGUUGAUUGAGUUUUGGAACAUUGACAUGGUAAAGAAUACACAUUGUAUUUCUCUGAGCUUGUGUGUUGUAUAACUUUAAAAAUAGCAUUAUUGCUUCCCUGUGUCUCUGCAAAGUUGUGAAGAUAUGGAACACUUCAAAUUCAGUUGAAUAAUCCAGGGAAAAAUUCACAAAUAUAAAAUCACUUUACUUUUUAUAAUAAUAUAGUAUUUUUUAAAACUCAGGAUACAUCAUCCUCUAAUUUUGUACAGCUAAUUAACCACUAGACUGGAUUCUCCACUGUGAGAAGAACUUGCCUGUUUCAACACUAUAUAUCCUCAGCACAUAACAUGAGUGCCAAAUAAAUAUUUGUGGAAUUAAACCAAAUUUUAGAAAUCAUCCUCUUUUAUUUACAAUUGCAGAGAAUACUAGAAAAUCGUAUAAUAUCAGUAAUUGUGAUUUUGAAAUUAUGAUUUUUAUUCUAUGUCCCAAAGUCCCUGACUGUCCAGUCAUGACUUACUUUGUGAAUAUUAAAUAUUCAGUUGAACAAUUGACCUGAAUUUGUACAACAUCCUUGCCUUUCAUUUUGAAAACUUACUUGGAUAUUUCGGCUUCUAAGUAUAUUGUACUUUUAUGACUCCUUGAAAAAAAUAGUGCAUAUAAGGUUUUGAAAUAUAUGUGCAUAUCAGUAUGUGGAUAUAGCUUAUGUGAAUAUUUCCCACAACAAAAUAAUUUUCAUAAAUUUUAAAGACUGUAAUUUUGUGAUUUUUUUUCAAGGUAUUUUGCUAGGGAAAUGAAUCUUGAAAAGUUCUUUUUUUAGACGUUUUUGACUUGAGUUACGUUAUACAAGAGAUUGGUAUGUUUUGCGUUUACUAUCUAUGAGUAAAAGGCAAGUAUCUUUAAAUAUUGUAAGUGUGUAGCCAAGAUGAAGGUCAAUCUUCCUUUCCGUGAUCUAAAUUUUUUACUCUCUACUUAGUAAUUGUUGCUUUUUCUUUUCUCUUUUAUACGUAGUAGUUAUAUUUUGCUAUGUAUGAAACAGGAAUUUCACUACUGUGUGAAAUGUGAAUAGGACCUGUAUACUCCAAAAAUCCAAACUUGGUUUUAACUGUCCUCCUUGGACAGUUGGAGAAAACCUAACCUGUCUCUUGUAUGUAGCAGAGUCAUGUUUUUUAAAUGUUUUUUUGUACCUGAAAUGAUGAUUUGUAUUAGGUUUUACAUUUGUUCCUUGGGAAAUGAUAUUUGUAUAUGCAUCAUCAUAAAAUAUUUAAAUAAAAAGAUGACCUUUAGAGCAA